UGUAAAUUGUCUUUGUUCUUUGCAGCAAGAAGCGAUCUCUGGGCAAGUGUUCCACCGCUGAGCUGCAUACCCAGCCCAAGAAGAAGAGAUCUUGUGGAGCUUGAAGUAGCUCCAAAAACUGAUCAUUCAAACCGAAGAAUUUACUAAGAGCAGUUUGCAUGUCUUGCAUCUAAUUUAGAGAUCAAGACAUUCAUUGCUUUUGUGUUCAAAAGACAAACGGAAAUGGCAGCAUGUAGAAGAAAAGGCGGUUGGAUGUGUUUGGGAGCUUGAUGUGUAAAAUUUGCAUGACUCCUCCUUCCUUUCUGGGGCUUUCCUUGGAUUCAAGCCAGCAUGGCCCACACCACGAAGGUUAAUGGCUGUGCCUCAGGAAAAGCAGAUGAUAUUCUGAAUGGAGGCCAUGAUAAGGGAAAGAAAGACCCUUAUUUUGUGGAAACCCCCUAUGGCUAUCAACUAGACUUGGAUUUCCUCAAAUAUGUGGAUGACAUCCAGAAGGGAAAUACCAUAAAAAAACUGAACAUCCAAAAGAGGCGGAAGCCAUCUGCACCAUGCCCAGAAACCAGAGUCACCCCAGGUCCACAAGGUGUGUGGACUUCCACUGAGUCCCUCUCAUCCUCCAACAGUGAUGACAACAAACAGUGCCCUAGCUUCCUCCUAGCCAGAAGCCAAGUUACAUCGACCCCGGGCCCAAGGCCACCUCCCCCUCUGGAGACCUUGUCCACUUUUCUUCCCAUCCCUGAAAAUCCACAGCUGCCCCCUCCCUCCCCACAGUUCCCAAAGCACAACCUUCAUGUCACCAAGACACUGAUGGAGACCCGGAGAAGACUUGAACAGGAAAAAGUCACCAUGCAGAUGUCACCAGGUGAAUUCAGAAGGCCCAGGCUGGCCAGUUUUGGCGGCACAGGCUCCACGAGCUCUCUUCCUUCCUUUAUCGGUUCUGGAAACUACAGUGCUGCCAUUCACCAGCUUCAGAAUGGUUACCAAGGCAAUGGGGAUUACGGAGGCUAUGCCCCGGUGGCUGCCACUGCGUCCUCCAUGGGGAGCUCCAUCCGCCACAGCCCUCUGAGCUCAGGGAUCUCCACCCCAGUGACCAACGUGAGCCCCAUGCACCUGCAGCACAUCCGUGAGCAGAUGGCCAUUGCGCUGAAACGCCUAAAGGAGCUCGAGGAGCAGGUGAGAACCAUCCCCGUGCUCCAGGUGAAGAUCUCUGUCUUGCAGGAGGAGAAGCGGCAGCUGGCCUCACAGCUGAAGACACAGAGGGCUGCCUCACAGAAUGACCUCUGUGGUGUGAGGAAGCGCUCCUACAGCGCAGGGAACGCCUCCCAGCUGGAACAGCUCUCCCGGGCGCAGAGAAGUGGCGGUGAGUUAUACAUUGACUACGAGGAGGAGGAGAUGGAGAGUGUGGAGCAGAGCACACAGAGGAUCAGGGAGUUCCGGCAGCUCACCGCAGACAUGCGGGCCCUGGAGCAGAAGAUCCAGGACAGCAGCUGUGAGGCCUCCUUGGUGCUCAGGGAGAACGGACAGGGCCCACCUCAGGAGUGCCGGUCUGUGGCUGUAGGUGGUGACGAGAACAUGAACGACAUUGUUGUGUACCACCGGGGUUCCAGGGCUUGCAAGGACGCAACUGUAGGGACAGUCACCGAGGUGAAGGAUUCUGGUGUUGGUGUGACAGAGGCCAUGCUUGGACUGACAACAGAAGCUGACAGAGAAAUCGAGCUGCAACAGCAGACCAUAGAAGCCUUGAAGGAAAAGGUUUACCGCCUAGAAGUACAGCUUAAAGAAACCACCCACGACCGGGAGAUGACCAAACUGAAACAAGAGCUGCAGGCUGCUGGAUCCAGGAAGAAAGUUGACAAGGCCAUGACGGCCCAGCCGCUCGUCUUCAGCAAGUUGGUGGAGGCAGUGGUGCCGACAAGAGACCAGAUGGUUGGCAGUCAUGUGGACCUGGUGGACACUUGUGUCGGGACCUCUGUGCAGACAAGUAGUGUAGGCAUCUCCUGCCAGCCAGAUUGCAAGAAUCGAGCUGUGGGGCCCGAGCUGCCCAUGAAUCGGUGGAUUGUUAAGGAGAGGGUGGAAACCCAUGACCGAUGUACAGGGAGGUCUGUAGAGACCCGUGACGAGUGUGUGGGCGUGGAAGUCAGCAUCUGUGAAACAGGCAGCAACACAGAGGCAUCUGUGAGUGACCUGACACUCCUCAAGACAAACUUGAGUUUAAAAGACGUGCGGUCUAUCGGCUGUGGAGACUGUUCUGUCGAUGUGACGGUCUGCCUUCCCAAACAGUACGCCUCCCGCAGCAUGAACACAGAGGCUGUCGCCCGGGUGGAAGCGGCCACCAUGGCAGCACCUGCUACCAUGAACCGGCACACCUGUACAGUUUUUGAACAGGUGAGCCAGUCCACAAACACUAAGCCGACCGUGCUGGUGGAUUGCUGCACCAACACUUCCUUAAGCACUCUGGACAAGCAGACCAGCACACAGACAGUGGAGAUGCGCACUGUGGCCAUAGGAGAAGGCCGAGUCAAGGACGUCAUCUCCUCCACCAAGAUGCGGUCUGUUGGUGUUGGGACCCUGCUUUCUGGCAAUUCUGGGUUUGACAGGCCAUCUGCUGUGAAGACCAAAGAGCUGGGCGUGGGGCAGAUAAAUAUUCAUGACAACUAUCUGGUUGGUCUCAAAAUGAGGAGCAUAGCUUGUGGGCCCCCACAGUUGACCGUGGGGCUGACCGGCAGCAGGAGGAGCGUGGGAGUUGGGGACAAGCCUGUAGGGGAGCUCCUGGAGGACUCCCAGCCCCUGGCUCCCUCUGGAAUGGUGACCAACUUGGAUCACUACAUUGAACGUGUCCAGAAACUGCUGGCAGAGCAGCAAACGCUGCUGGCUGAGAACUACAGUGAACUAGCAGAAGCUUUUGGGGAGCCUCACUCACAGAUUGGCUCCCUCAACUCACAACUCAUUAGCACCCUGACCUCCAUCCAUUCUGUCAUGAAGUCCGCGAGCACCGAGGAGCUCAAAAACGCUGACUUCCAGAAAACCAGUCUGGGUAGAAUUGUAGGAUGUGAUUUGGAAUAUACCUGUAUGUAUGGAGACCUGCUGAGCGCUCAGAUGUCCCGGCCUGAGCACGAGGUGGGCACUGCAGAAGGGACGCCCAUGAGCAGCCAGGAGACCUUCCCCUCUCAGGAGAGCACACCGGCCCCGGUGAACCUCACAGAUGACCAGGUGGCUUCUGGCCUCUACAUAUGUACAAAUAAUGAAAGUACACUGAAGUCCAUCAUGAAGAAGCAAGAUGGGAAUAAAGAUUCAAAUGGUGCAAAAAAGAAUCUUCAGUUUGUUGGCAUUAAUGGAGGGUAUGAAACAACUUCAAGUGAUGAUUCCAGCUCAGAUGAAAGCUCUUCUUCCGAGUCAUAUGACGAGUGUGAUGUCAUUGAGUAUCCUCCUGAAGAAGAGGAGAAUGAAGACACUCGGGGAAUGGCGGAAGGGCACCAUGCAGUUAAUACUGAAGGUUUCAAGUCUGCCAGGGUGGACCAUGAAAUGCAGGUUCAAGAAUGUGAACCUGAGAAGGUGGAAAUCAUAGAGAGGUAUGAAUUAAGUGAAAAGAUGUUGUCUGCAUGCAAAUUACUGAAAAAUAAUAUUAACGAUCCCAAAGCUUUGACCAGCAAAGACCUGAGGUUCUGUCUGAACACCCUCCAGCAUGAGUGGUUCCGCGUGUCCAGUCAGAAGUCAGCCGUGCCAGCCAUGGUGGGGGACUACAUAGCUGCCUUCGAGGCUGUCUCCCCGGAAGUGCUCCGCCACGUCAUCAACAUGGCCGACGGCAAUGGCAACACAGCUCUCCACUACAGCGUUUCCCAUUCCAACUUUGAGAUCGUGAAGCUGCUCCUAGAUGCAGAUGUGUGUAAUGUGGAUCACCAGAACAAGGCAGGAUACACCCCCAUCAUGCUGGCAGCCCUUGCAGCCGUGGAGGCAGAAAAGGACAUGCAGGUUGUAGAAGAACUUUUCAGCUGUGGGGAUGUGAACGCCAAAGCCAGCCAGGCGGGGCAGACGGCCCUCAUGCUGGCCGUCAGCCACGGGCGCAUAGACAUGGUGAAGGGCCUGCUGGCCUGCGGGGCCGACGUCAACAUCCAGGACGACGAGGGCUCCACCGCCCUGAUGUGUGCCAGUGAGCACGGGCACGUGGAAAUCGUCAAGCUGCUGCUGGCCCAGCCAGGCUGCAACGGCCACCUGGCGGACAAUGAUGGCAGCACUGCUCUAUCCAUAGCUCUGGAAGCAGGACACGGGGAGAUUGCCUUUCUUCUGUACGCCCACGUCAACUUUGCCAAAGCCCAGUCUCCGGGCACCCCUAGGCUUGGAAGGAAGAUGUCUCCUGGACCCACCCACCGAGGUUCAUUUGAUUGAUUUGUGCAGAGCAGCCCUUUGACAUGCCAUCACUACGCUGCUGACUUCUACGCCAUCACAAAGACUGUGCCUGCGCUCACCAGCACACAGGCGGCAGCAGUGCCGGCAGGAGAUGCUGCCCGCACGCCGCCCCCUCGGCCCUCAUUUCUCUGUGGCUGUGAGUCCCUGCCUCGUUAUGGACAGUGGUAGAAAGGCAGCCUGACCCGGAUAUGCAACUUCUCUCCCUUCUCCCCUCCUCCUGCAACAAAAAAUACGUCUUUCUAAAUGAGGAAGUUGAGAUGAAUUGAUCAUCAGCAACUCAGGCCAGGCUGGUUGUUUCUGGGUGAAAAUAGAAGUUAGAACUCCCAAACAGUAUAAAACUUAAAGGAAAUAUUUCCAGUUGGUUUUAUCUAAGUGGAUUAUAUGACUUUUUAUAUAAAGGCGUCUAUAUGAAAUUGAUACAGUAUUUUAAACUUUUAUAUUCCACAGUGAUUAAA